AUGGGAAGAAUAAAUUUCGCCCGAUUAGCAUUUUCCAUAAUAUUAUUAAAUAUUGCAUAUAUUCUCGUCGUUGAAAGUGUUCAAGCAAAAGGAAAUCCAUAUGCAGUUAUAAAUGUUAAAACGGCUCGGUCGUUCAAGAAACAUCCUCUUCAUUCGACGAAAAAUAUCACUCUUUGGUGUCAGGCGGAAGAUCAUGGUAGUCCAUUGACCAUAAGCUCAGCAGCCUUUUUGAGAAAGCGAGACGGUGUGCUUUUAGAAGCAACUAUAAGUGAAGACGGUAAAAAAGCUUUCCAUAAUUUUGGCUUAGCAACUGUUGAAGAUGCUGGUAAUUAUACAUGUAAAAUUAAUACGACAAAUAAGUUAUCUGUCACCGGUAAUCAUCAAGUUUUUGUUCGACCUAUCGUUGUGAUUGACGAAACAAAUCAUUAUGAAUUGAUUGAUGACGAUCCAUUUCGACUAAAUGGGCCAGAAAUUGUUGCAGUGCAAGGAAGCAGUAUAAAUAUUUCUUGUCCAGUUGUUGCAUUUCCAGCUGCAGUGUAUAGUUGGAAGAAGGAUGACAGAGAGCUAAUUUUUUGGGACGAUCGUAUAAAAAUGGUCGCGGAUGAUACAAUUACAAUUAAUAAAAUUAUAUACGAAGAUUUUGGUAAAUAUGAAUGCACCGCAAAAAAUAGAUUUAUAAAUAAUGGUGGCCUAGAAGAACAUCGAUUAAUUAUUAUGAAACGUCUAAGAGUAAAAAGUAUUCAUUGCGGAUAUCUUUUGAAUAAAAUAUAA